AGAUCAGACAAUAAAGUUGGAUGGUUACCUUGCCUUUGAAUUAUUACGCUUAAGGAAUUUAAACGCGGAGCAGGCUGUGCUCACAAGUAUUUCGCUUUUGUUUUGCCUUGCUAUACGUUGGUCAGAGUUCUUGAACUCAGACAAGGUUGCCAGCUGAGAUAAAUUUAAAGUGCAUGUGAAAGUGCGACAUUUUGAAAGACAAAGGGAAAUGAGGCUUUUUCUCGUGUUGUGACAAGUGCUAGUGAGAUUAUUGUGGACUGGUUAAUGCUUCUCGUCUCUUUUGAUAAGCAAAAUAAAUCAUGGAAGACUCUCAAGUGGUGAGCUGGUAUAAAGACCAGCAUAUUUUCGUAACUGGUGCCACGGGAUUCAUGGGAAAAAUUCUUAUAGAGAAACUUUUACGAUCGUGUCCAGACGUUGGGGGUAUCUACAUUUUGGUUAGACAGAAAAAGGGUCAGAAACCUUCUAAAAGAUUGCCGGAGUAUUUGCAAAACGAGAUUUUUGACAAGGUGCGAGCCUUACCAGAUAGCAUCAAUCGGUUCCAAAAGCUGCACUGCAUCUGCGGCGAUAUCACCGAAACAAAUUGUGCCCUCUCCGAUAGAGAUCUCACUACCAUAAGCGAAAAGAUCACUAUAGUAUUCCAUAUGGCUGCUUGUGUCAGAUUUGAUCAACCUCUCAAAGACAUAGUGAUGAUGAAUGUUGGGGGAACUCGAAAUAUUUUAGACGUAGCUACUAAGCUCAAACAGUUGAAAGUUUUUCUGCACGUGUCAACAUCGUAUUGUCACCUGGAUCUUCCCGAGCUAGAGGAGAAGAUAUAUCCCGCUAAACACGAUCCAUGGAAGAUGCUAGAUGCAGUACAGUGGAUGGAUGAGGAAAUGUUGAACAGUCUAACUCCUGUUUUACUGAAAGGAUAUCCAAAUACAUACGCUUACGCAAAAUGUUUGACAGAACAACUGGUGUCAGAUUAUUCAGAAAAAGUGCCUAUCGUUAUUGCAAGACCUUCAAUAGUCGUAGCAGCAUACAAGGAGCCAAUUCCUGGCUGGGUGGACAACUUGAAUGGGCCAACGGGGAUUUUGAUUGGUGCAGGUAAAGGUGUGAUAAGGACGAUGCAUUGCAACACUCAGCUUGUAGCUGACAUCGUGCCUGUCGAUAUGGUCAUCAACAGUAUGCUGUUAGCAGCUUGGGAACAAGGAGUUAGACAAUUGAAGGCUGGCGCUGAAGUUUAUAAUAUCACAGCUAACAGGGACCAACCUGUAAGUUGGGGCGAAGCAUUGGAAAUAGGAAGAAAAUACGUGUUUCAGUAUCCAUACAGUACUUGCCUUUGGUACCCAGGAGGAAGCCCAAAGUCUAACUACAUGGUUCAUGUUGUAGCUGCAUUUUUCUUUCAUCUUUUACCCGCCUAUUUCAUAGAUGUUAUGAUGUCCUUGACUGGAAAUAAACCAUUUAUGGUCCGUACUCAAAAAAGGAUUCAACAUGGCCUAAACCUACUUCAAUAUUAUACCACUAGAACAUGGAUAUUCCACAACGACAGAAUAAAAAAGAUUUAUGACAGUUUGAGUGAGAAGGACAAAGAGAUAUUCUACACAAAUAGGGAAUUAUUGAAAUUUGAUGAGUUCAUGUUAAACUAUAUCUUAGGAGCUAGGAAAUAUUGUGUCAAAGAGGAAUACGAUACUGUGCCAUAUGCUAGAAAAGUGCUAAAGAGGUUAUACUAUUUGGACAUGUUGAAGAACAUCCUACUCUUUGCAUUAGUUCUAUGGAUCGCACACGUCCUAGCAACUACGUUUCUAGUGAAAUCAAACUUUACCUCAUAGAUUUAUAAUUAUCAAUGUACACAUCUAGACUAAACAAGCCUUUAUUUAUACAGAACA